GCCCUGAUCGUAGCCGGAACUAAUUUUCCACUUCCGUGGCUUAUUUCGCGCUGCUACUGGAGGAGGAAGCUGUGCGAAUUUAGCUAGGCUGUGGUGGCAGACGCUUUUAUUACGCUUUCAGCAUCCUUCUUGAAAAUAGUGAACAGGAGACUCGCUGAGUGAGUAUGACUCUGCAGUGGACGGCCGUGGCCCUCUUCCUCUACGUGGAGAUCGGAGUCCUCCUCAUCCUCUGCCUCCCCUUCGUCUCCCCCCAGAGAUGGCAGUCGGUGUUCAGGCUGAACAUCUGGAACAGGCUUUCCGGGUUCUGGAACAAGGGCUUCCUGACCAUGAUAAUCGUCCUCAUUGUCCUGUUCCUCGACGCAGUGAGGGAGGUGCGGAAGUAUUCGGGGGCGCAGGCGGGCAAGGACUCCAAGCUGCACCCCAACAUGUUCGACCACCUGCACAUGAAGCUGUUCCGGGCCCAGAGGAACCUCUACAUCUCCGGCUUCUCCCUCUUCCUCUGGCUUGUGCUGAGAAGGAUCAUCACGCUGAUUAGCCAGCUGGCCACCUCGCUGCUCAACGGCGCCGCCCUGCAGACCCAGGUGGACGGAGCCAACGAAGCGGCCAAGAAGUACAUGGAGGACAACGUACUUCUGAAACGGUCUCUGGAGGACGGCAAGGUGGACAAGGGGAGCGCGGAGGCGAAGCAGGAGCUCAGGAAGGAGGUGCAGAAGCUGUCGGAGGACCUGGAGAACGCAAGGGAUGCCCUGAAGAAGUCUCAGGCUGAAAUGCAGGCAAUGAAGAAACAAACAGAGGGUCUGACCAAGGAGUACGACAGGCUCCUGGUAGAGCACCAGAAACUGCAGAACCUUCACGAGGACGCGGGAGACAAGAAGGCCCAAUAGAGGUGGAGGUAGCCCGCGGCCCCCCUACGAGCGAGCCAAUCGCGCGACAGGAAAGCAGGACGGCCGCGUCAGUCUCGUACUCCCGUUACGCCCCGAUGCGUACUGCAACCCCGCACGAGACCAACACACACACAGACACAGACACACACACACACACACACACAGACACAGACACACACAAAAACACACACACACACACACACACACAGACACACACAAAAACACACACACACACACACACACACACACACACACACUCACACAGACAUACACACACAUACACACACACACACAAGCAGCAGGUCGAGCCAACACCCUCAGUCCACUGCGACCCAACAAGCAGACAGCCUCUCGUCUAAUUUCCCGAACAUUUCCAAAACGUUUCGGGAAGAAAGCUGUUGUUUUUUUUGUUGUUUUUUUUAACGUUUUUUUACGUUUUAAGUCUCAGAGCAAGUCGAGCCAUGGCGCAUAGCCGUGACCUUCGCGACGUUUUCCAAAGUUCUGUUUACGGAUGAUGACGAUGAUGUUUUUUUACAGUUAAACGUUAAAUGUUAAUGGUAAACGUACGCGUGUGUCCGCGCGUUUUGUGAGCACGCGCACGCGCUCGUGCACGCUCCUGUGCAUGUGACGCUUCAGGCUCGCCGUUGAGGUGCGCACGCGCGCGGCGAUCGACCGACCGCGAACCCGCUCGAUUCCGUCGCUCCGAUUUCCCGCGCUCUUUUUUUUUUUUUUUCCUUUUAUUAUUUCUUUUUGACGCCGAUUGUGAUUUUGUUAUUCGCGUGUGUACCGCUGCGUUAAUGAUAUCCACAAUGCAAUGUGCAUGCACCUGAUUUAGGAAAAAAAAAAUAGCAAGCUGUGAAAACUGCACUGGUGUGUUUGGUUCAUGGGUGAGCGCUUCAGAAUAAGUUGAAGCUCUCUCUCUCUCUCUCUCUCUCUGUCCAUCUCUCUCUCUCUCUGCCUCUCUCUCUCUCUCUCACGUUUAUAAUCCCAUGUAUAACUUGUGUGACUGAAAUUUGAGGGCACUCCUGUUCCCAGCUGAGCUCUGAGCUCAUCGGCCAAUCAAAAACCUGUUGGAAACCGCACGGCCACUCCCGACGAAUCGCAGCGCGGAGCCGCCGGCGCAAGCGUUCCGAGGCGCGCCGCCGAUCCCUUCGAUCGUUCGCCGCGGGCGGGCGGGCGGAAAACCCGGAAGGAAGCACGGGGCGGACACGCGUCCGACUCCGCCCGCCGUUUCCUGUUUCCCGCGCGGUCGGCUGCUGAAACCAUCGCGGGCGGGAAGUGGCGGCGGCGGCGUUCUCUUAAUUUUCAGCGCCCGAGAAUGCCCAGCCGGUACCAGCGUGAACGUACGGAAUGAACCCGGAAAGGUCGCUCUUUUGUGUUCUUUGAUGAUAACCUUGGUCCCGGAGAGCCUUGUGGACUCGGCGCUUGAUUAGUAUGGUCUGUACACACGGUUAACUUUCCUGACCUGGUUUCCCGCGUCUGUAGACACAGACACACACAGCAAACCGCCAGGCUCUCCCAGACUAGCAUUGGUCCUCUCUGUUGUAUAUACUCUCAAUAUUAUUACAUUGAUAGCAAUAUUAGCACUAUACCUGUGGAUGGACUACCGAGGGUUGAAGACCUCCAAUACCGAAGUGCCUUAUAGCAGGGGCCCUCAAAGAAUGUCUGGGGGGGCCACUGGAGUUCCACAAGGUCCUCAAAAUAAUGCAAAAAAAAUUGUGUACAUUUCCUUAUUUCAUAAAUUGCAUAUUUUGGAUUCUUUGAGAAAAUAAAGUUGUGUUUGAAAAUAAA